GACCUCGCCCUCCCAAGUCUUCGCCGUCCCCACCCUUUAACAGCAGCAAUCCGCGACGCCCAAGGCGGAAUACUGAACACUGUCAGCUGGCAGCUAGCCUCCCCCAACUCAGAGUCGUCGUCGUCAGAGGCUCAGAUUCGCGCCCACCCGGCCACCAUGGCGUUCUGGGAGCCCUGCUUCGGCAAGGACAACGAGUGCAGCAACUGCGACUGCGGCUGGAAGACAUUCGCCAUCUGGGCCGGCAUCAUCCUCGUCCUGUGCGCCGUCAUCAUCGUCCUCGUCAUCGCCUUCGCCGUCAAGUUCCCGCCCAAGGCCACGGCCGACGACGCCGUGCUCUCGCGGUUCGCGCUGGCGCCGGGGAGCCCCGCGGCCAACUCCACCAUCUCCUACAACAUCACGGCCACGGUGUCGCUGCGGAACCCCAACAUUCACCGGGCCAUCGCCUACGGGCCCCUCGCUGUGUCCUUCUCCUUCAACGGCUCCCGCUUCGACGAGUCCGGCACCAUCCCGGCCUUCGACCACAAGCCGCGCAAGACGGCCACGGUCCGCGUCACCGUCGGCGGCGUCGACAAGCCCGUCAAGCUCACCGCGGACGGCGUGAAGGAGUUCCGCAGCGACAACGACACGGGCAAGUUCGGCGUGGAGAUGCGGCUGGACACCACGCUGCAGUACAAGGGGCGCAGCGCCAAGUGCCCGCUCGUCGUCGUCUGCCCGCUCCAGCUGCAGCUCGUCGACCCGGACGUCGCAGCCACCGCGUUUCAGAGGACCAAGUGCACCAUCCUCAGGGCCAAGAAGUCCGGAUGCUAGCUCGAUUUCUUCUGCUGCCUUCCUGUGUAAUUCUUCGAGAAUUCUUUCUUUUCCCCCUGAGAUUGUUGCUGUGUGUGCUUAAUUGGAAGACUAUUUGUUCGUAGCGGUGCGGAAUUCGGUUUGAUGUGUGAUUUCCAAGGAUUUACGUUGCCUUGUUGUGA